AUGCUUAAAAAGGCCGACUCUAUCAGCAACACUACCUCCCAGGCCUCUGCGGCUGCGUUUCUGCGGAGCUGGCGCACACAAGGCUCACCCUUUGCGCAGGAGUCCGUUAAGGAUCGCCUGUCCGCUUCCUCGCGCACCCGCUGGUCGCUGUCGCAGAAGAGCAGUGCCUCGACUGUGCCGAAGAGCGCGCUCGCCUCUGCCUGGAGCCUGUGCGAUCGCUACGAGCAGGAGUUAGAUAUUAUCUAUAUCAAGUACCGCUAG